UUAUGGAAUCCGUACGCAAUUUUCUGCUGGACAAUCGGAUGUACUUUCUCACAGGAGCCACCAUAUGUGGUUCCGCUUUGUUAGUGUAUAUGAAUAUUAGCAGCACGGGACACAAACCAAGGGUAUGCGGAUUGGACUACCCACGUGACAUAGUCGUCCUUCAUUCCAUACCACGUGAUCGUCUCACACCAAACCUGGGCAACUUCUCUUUGAAGCUGGAGACCUAUCUCAGAGUCAAUGCUAUACCUUAUCAGUUUGACGGACAACCACUUCAAGGACCAAAGGAUAAAGUACCCUGGAUCGAACACACUGGCGUGACGAUUGGAGAUUCGCAGUUUAUCAUACAGUACAUAGAGAAAGAGUUCAAGGUUGAACGUGUAUACACGAUGGGGGUUUUCGUUGACGAUAUGUUUAAAAUGCAAUCAUCUUUCCCCGCUUGGCUGAAAAUACCACUUGGCAGGAAGUUAACAUCCAUGUUGUAUGCUGUCGGAAUUAGUCGCCAUUCCAACGAAGAAGUGCACGCGAUGAUGGUCAACGAUUUAAAGCAGUUUUCGGCAAUUCUAGGUGCUGAAUUAAAGAAUAUCACAGACUACAUGGACAGAAUAAAGAACGACUUUUGGCCAGACUGGGAAGAAAUAACAAGUCAGGCGGCACAGAACGCUUUAUGAUGAUGGAACUAUACAAAUUAUUCAAAAGUUUGAGGACAAGCAACGGAAAAAAUACCAUCGAUGUCUUUGGUUUGCAGAAAUUCAAUAGGGCACCUUAUUGAGUCGAAUUCGUAAAGCAUCUUGGGGAACAUUACUUUGCAAACUUUGCAAAAGCAAAACAAAGAUGUCUAAAUCAUAAAUGAAUAUAUGACUGAACAAAUUAUACAUUUUUCCAUAAUGUUAAAACUCGGCACCAUUGCGACUUCUGUCUGUGCUAAAAAACGGCGCGAGUUUGCCCACUGUCCAUAAUGGCAACGCACGGGUCCAGUGUGCCCUCUGUGCAUUAUGCUUAAACACGGCGCGAGUUUGCCCACUGUCCAUAAUGACAAC